GCUGAUACUUCUGCUCAUCUACAGAAACUGCACCGUUUCAUCUAACCAUACGGCUCAGAACAACAGAGUCCACUCCACUGAAUAUUCUUCUUGGUUUUAAACAUCAGUCAUGGCGUCCGCCAGCCUGUUUUUUCUGCUGUUGUUGUCGACUUCAUUCCUGGUCUGCAGCCUGAGCGUCCGUCAACCCUCCGACCGGCAGGAAACCCGCGCUCUGCAGAAGAGAAGCCUGUCACUAACGAAAAUAGCAGAUCACGCUUUAACGAUUGCUACUAUACUUAAGCCUUUUAUUGCUAUGAUACCAGAGGCUGGGACUGGUCUAAGUAUUUUUAUAGAUGUUGCCUCUAAGAUUCAGGAUAUCAAUGAAAAAAAAAAAAUGUUACAUUUUAUGAAGAUGGAAUUUAAGCAGCUAAAUGAAAGAAUUGAUGAAACCCGCAGAGAACUAAAGUGGGACAUUUGGGCCAGUGCAACUUAUGGAAAAGUUGAGGGUAAAAUAAAUGUUGCGUGGAAUAAGGUAGUGGACCUGUUGGAAAAUUGUGAUGAAUCAUGCUUUCAAGACCUGAAAAACAGUAAAAAAGGUAAAGAAAUUAAAAAUGACCUCAAAGACACCAAAGACUAUGUGUACAAAUUUCACGAUCUAAUUGUUGGUGACAAUGUAUACAGACCAAAGUAUGAAAAGAUUUUACCAGACACUGUUAGGUGUGAAUACAGUAGCAUCCGAAAUUUUUCUGCUGUUAACGUAGGGCUGAUGUUCAAAGCCGUCACCAUGGCCCAUUUUUUUAACAGCUUAAAUGGUCAACAUUCUGACGGUUCACUGAUUGAUAAAGCAUUCGAUGUGUCUAAAGCUAUGUACCAGAUUCAACGCAACUGCCUUUUAAACACGAAUGAAUAUGUUGAAAAGGAUGUCAAAAAAUUUAUCGAUACUUCAAAAAAACGUAAAGACAUAGCACGUGAAAUCAGGAAGCAUUUAGAUAAGACGUAUGACUACUUUAAUUGGAUGGUUGUUGUUUUUAAAACGGCUCUUUCAGGCCAUACAAGUAGAGCAACUAAAUGGAUGAACAGCCACACUCUGGAUGGGUUUAUUGAAGUGACAAAGGGAGAAUUCACUGUGGCUGUAGCUAAACAAGCUAAAGGGAACCAUAAGAAAACUAAAGAGGUAAGACCAGCCAUUGAAAAAUGCCUCGAGAAAGCAGUGAUGUGUUAUAAAAUCCCUAAAGUUUUAGAAAAGUGCAAAAUAAAGGACAAGUUUACAGCCAUCCAUGCUUACCAUUUUAAAGAACAUGCUAAUGCUAAUACUCUAAAUGCUAAAGACGCUCCUACAGAACUGGACUAUGAGCCAGAAGAACCCCAAACUACCCCUUACACAUAUAAAGGGAAAUGCACACCAUUACCAGGAAUUAAAACAGGCCACUUCAGAGUUCUAAUCAAAAGCGAUGAAGAGUUGAUGAAUAACAAUCCCUGUACAGAUGUUGACUGUGGCAAAAAGGAAAAUAGAGGAAAAUGUGUCCCACUGGGAAAAGAAUACAUCGGAUUGUGUGAGUGUGAGAAGGGUUAUUAUGGGCAGAAAUGUGAGGAGUCCAUCGAAGACUACAAGAAAAAAAUGUUAACUAAAGAAAUCCCAGAAUCAGUAAUGAAGACUUUAAAAUAAAAAUAAUCCCUCUGAUAAUGUGUAUCAUCUAAAGUCUAGCCUUGGUGGAUGAUUCAGAAAAACAUGCAAACACGUGACUGAAUGAACGUUUGCAGUUCUUUACAUUUAGAAGGGUUCAGUUAUGUGACGGGUUCUGGUCUUUCUCUGGUUUACUAUAAUGCUUGUUUGUUUCUAAACUUUAAACUGCAGAAUAAUUCAUUGUUGGUUUUUUCAAAACUGGAAGAUUUUUUAUGGAUUUUGGGGGUUUCUUUUCAGUUUGAUUUUAUGUUAUGACUGUUUUACUCAGAACUUCCUGUCAUAAUUUUCCUUUUAACCAACAAGAAGCUUUUCCUGCUUUGAGUUUCUGUCCAAUCUGCAAGAAAAAAACCAAAUAAAAAUGUCA